CGUCCGCAACGUUGGAAGAGUUGUCCAACCAUCGCAUACCCGCCGUCGUCAGUAAGAAAUGUCAGAUUCAUCAAAUAUGGCCGUCAAGCCUUCGGACCUUGCAUCUCAGCUCAAAAAUGACACCCGCGUUAAAGUCUCUGGUUGCGAUAUCGAUGGUAUAGCACGAGGCAAAAUAAUGUCAACUGAAAAGUUCUUGAAAGCUGCCGAAGAGGGAUUUGGCUUUUGCAACGUAACAUUUGGCUGGGAUAUGCAUGACAAAACGUAUGAUCCAAACGUUUUUCCCAAUAAAGCCCGGGAAACAGCGUAUCCAGACAUCCUCGCCCGUCCUGACCUAUCCACUCUCCGCCGGGUACCAUGGGACGAUAAUGUUCCGCACUUUCUCUUGGACUUUUAUACUCCCGACACUAAUGAGCCGUACCCAUUUUGUCCUCGUGCCCUGUUGAAAAGAGUGAUCAAACAUUGUGAGAAGGCUGGGUAUAUGCCAUUUUGUGGAAUGGAAUAUGAGUUCUUCAGCUUUCAAGAAACACCCGAGACCUUGGCGUCAAAGCAAGGUCAAGAUUUGAAGCCACUCACACCUGGCAUGUUCGGGUACUCUCUCCUACGACCAACUUUAAACCAAUCGUAUUUCAACAGCAUAUAUACGUCCUGCCUUUCCUACCGCAUCCCCAUCGAAGGGUUUCAUACGGAGACUGGGCCAGGAGUGUACGAAGCUGCUCUGGCGUACACUGAUGCUCUUGAGAUGGCAGACCGAGCCCAUUUGUUCAAAACAGCUGCCAAACAGAUCGGAAUGCAGUAUGGAAUCAUGCCAAGUUUCAUGGCAAAACCACACAGCAAUCUACCUGGAUGCUCAGGACACAUCCACUUCAGUCUCAAAUCCAUCUCUACAAAAAAAUCCGUGUUCGAAAUGAAGGAAACCGAAGAUUCCAUCAAUAAGGUCUGCAGACAGUUUAUCGCAGGGAUAUUGACCGCUCUUCCUUCGCUUUUACCUCUCUUCGCACCAACUGUCAACUCUUACAAGCGACUCGUGGAAAAUUACUGGGCACCUACUACUACGUCGUACGGUCUUCAAAACCGCACCUCGGCCAUACGACUCAUUCCGCCUUCACGGAUUGAGUUCCGUGUCCCUGGAGCAGACGUGAACCCUUAUCUGGCAAUUGCUGGAUGUUUGGCUGCAGGAGUUUGGGGCAUUGAAAAUGAACUUGAUUUGAACGAUGUCCCAGUCCAGAGAUUACCAGGGGACUUGAAGGAGGCAACCAGCAAGAUGUUGGAGGAAGGGAGUGUGGCGAGAAAAGUGCUUGGCGAUGAAUUUAUUGAACAUUUUGGAGGAACGCGAGUGGCGGAAUGGAAAGAAUGGUGUGGGGCUGUCACUGCAUGGGAGAGACUUCGUUAUAUGGAGACAGUGUAGGUAGCAAUGUUUAGUAACCUUUUUAUAACGAUUCGUAUGGUGCUGUACCUUUUUGUAUGUGAUGGUAUCUGCUUAGAUGUCGCUUCUGUUUUGUAUCUAUCUAAUCGUCACUAUGAGAAAAUUCCC